AUGGCGGAUGAAGAACACGCGAGGAAGUACGGCAAGUACAUCAAGGGCCAGGGUGAAGACGACAAGAGGGGAAUAGGACACAAAGAUCCCUCUUCUUAUAUCGAGGGCAUCAGAGAUGGCGCAGUUGGCACUCGAGGAGGAAAUGCCGAAGAAGAUGUGCCCACUUACAGCAAAGAUGGUCAUAAGUUUAGAUUCGUCCCGGCAAAGACUAAAGAAGGAAAAUGA